ACAGUAACAAACAUAAACAUUAUUUUUAGUUUGCAAGUAAUAUUUUAAAAUACAAUGGUGUGUGAAAAAUGUGAGAAAAAAUUAGGUCGUGUUAUUACUCCGGAUCCUUGGAAAACCGGCGCUAGAAACACAGUUGAAUCGGGUGGUAGAAAAGUUGGUGAAAAUAAAGCAUUAACUGCGAAAAAAGGAAGAUAUAAUCCAUAUACUUCUAAGUUUCAUGAAUGCAAGAUAUGUCGAACUAAAGUACACCAAGUUGGAUCACACUAUUGCCAAGCAUGCGCCUACAAAAAAGGAAUUUGUGCUAUGUGUGGCAAGAAAAUAUUAGAAACAGCCAACUAUAGGCAAAGUUCAACAUAGUGUUUAUACCAUAGUGCUUAAUUCUGACUCAGAACUUUCUUAACUAGACAUAAUUUUGUUACAUUAUUUAAGUACUAUUCCUAAUAUGACACCUGUUAUCAACUAUAUAUAGGUUAGUCAUUUUGCUGUACAUCAGAAUUAUCACAAAUGGCUACUUUGUAAAACUUAAAACAUAACAGAAAAGUAUGUAAAUUGUUAAAAUAAGUGAAAUAAUGUUUAAUUUAAAAAUUUAUUACUUUGCAGUCAUAAAAAGAGUAUAAUUUUGAUUGAUUAUUUAUAUAUGAUUUGAUUGAAUUAGCAAUAGCCGUUAGUUAAGCUGAUUCUGACAUAAGUAACAAAUGUUUCUAGACAAUUUAAAAACAUAUUUUGUUUUUAUAGUUUUGGCUUUUAAGUUUUCUUUCAUAGAAGCACUAAAGUUGAAGAAUUUAAAUGAAAAAUAUAGAACAUUACUUAGUUCUCUUGUUGAUGUGAAUGAAGAAAGAAUGAAAACACUCAAUAUAAUACUUCAGUUGGACAAUAUCAAUUAUGCUGAUCUCCUGCAUGCACAACCAGAAAAUGUAAUGUGACUAUUUUGAAUGAACAAGACACUGCACAAGAUGAAUCUCAUUCAGAAGAGAACUUUAUUCAGCGUAAAAAUCCUUUAAGAUACAGAGACAGUUCAGAUUCAGACUCCUUCUUCAUAAAGGAACCAACUAUUUAUGGUCCAAACGAUAGUAUACCAAUGGAAAAUGCAAGAAUUAGAUGCGUCUAUGCCUGCCGUAAUGCAUAUAGAAGCGUGUGCAGAAGAUUUAGAACCGAAUGCACAUCAGAAAUGCGAAAAUAUUUCAGAAAGGAAUGCCGUAUUGCCUGUACAAGAAGGUUUUGAAAUAAAAAUAUAAUGAUAAGGUCUUUUGA